CCCAGGGUCCCCCAGGAGGCGGGGGGGGGGGUGCCGACCGGGGCUUCCCUGGGGGUGGCCCCGAGAUGUUGCGGCGCCCCGGUGGGUGCCGCAGGACCCCCCCCCCAUGCGGGCAGUUGAACCCUGAGUGCUCGGUGGAGUUGAGACACCCACCCCCACCCCCGCAUCCCGGCUGAACAGCUGGUCGGAGCUUGGGGCGCGGUCUUGGCUCCAGCCCCCCCUUAUGUAAGAAGCAGCAGCCCCGGCACCCGGACCUUUGGGGGCCGAGCCCAGCGCAGGCGGGGUUCGGGGUGCAGGGGCGCCGCGUGUACGGAACCAUCAGCCGCCCGCCCGCGCCUCCGGGAGGGGUCGCUGUGCCGGUGUCACCCUCCCAGCGCCCCGCGGCACCCUGCACCCUCCAUCCUGCCUCCUGCCCCCGCCAGGCAGCUCCCUCCCCCAAGCAUCAUGAGCUCCUGGCCUGGCUCCCACCAUGAGUGCUGAGCUCAGCGUGCCCGCCGAGCCCCCGACGCCUGCCUGCCCCGAGCCCGGCCACAAGGGCAUGGAUUACCGCGACUGGGUGCGGCGCAGCUACCUGGAGCUGGUCACAUCCAACCACCACUCAGUGCAGGCCCUGUCCUGGAGGAAGUUGUAUCUGAGCAGGGCCAAGCUCAAGGCCUCCGGCCGCACCUCUGCCCUGCUAUCAGGCUUUGCCAUGGUGGCAAUGGUGGAGGUGCAGCUGGAGACUCAGUACCAGUACCCGCGGCCGCUGCUCAUCGCCUUCAGCGCCUGCACCACGGUGCUGGUGGCCGUGCACCUGUUCGCGCUGCUCAUCAGCACGUGCAUCCUGCCCAACGUGGAGGCCGUGAGCAACAUCCACAACCUCAACUCCAUCAGCGAGUCCCCCCACGAGCGCAUGCACCCCUACAUCGAGCUGGCCUGGGGCUUCUCCACCGUGCUGGGCAUCCUGCUCUUCCUGGCCGAGGUGGUGCUGCUGUGCUGGAUCAAGUUCCUGCCCGUGGAUGCACGGCCCCCGCCCGGCCCCCCGCCCGCGCCCGGCGGCCACACGGGUUGGCAGGCUGCCCUGGUGUCCACCAUCAUCAUGGUGCCCGUGGGGUUCAUCUUCGUGGUGUUCACCAUCCACUUCUACCGCUCGCUCGUGCGCCACAAAACGGAGCGCCACCACCGGGAGAUCGAGGAGCUGCAUCAGCUCAAGGUGCAGCUGGACGGCCACGAGCGCAGCCUGCAGGUCGUGUGACCCCGCCCCCGGCCCCGCCCACUCCCUGCCACCCGCCCUGAGGAGUCCAGGGAAGACCCCUGCAGCACCCCAAAGGCAGGGCGGGCCCUUCUGAGAGCGGGACGGGGCGCACGCGGGCUCAGCUAGGGGUGCGGGUGGCCUCGGCGCCGGGCCCUCAGUGUCACAGCGCCCCGGUUUUCCCCUCCUGGCCGCCACCCACAGGCCACCACCCCACCAGCUGUCCCAGCUCCCCUGCAGUGACAGGUGGCCAGGCCGGCGGCACGGGAGGCAGAGGCCAUGCCCAGCAACUCCAUGAGGAGCAGGGACAGGGACAGAGACACCCCAAGGUGCUCCCUUCUGCCCCCGUGGCCUCAACCCAGACAGGAGCCCACGCCUCGAGGGGCCUGGCUGGCUGGCUGGUGGUGCUGUGACCUGCCACUUGUCAGAAGCUGUCACCUCAGGGGGAUGUGUCAGGGCGACUUGUAAUAAUAACCUGUGAAGAGUUGUGACCUUGAGCCUCCCUCGCCUGGGACUUGCAUGUGGUGUCUGUCUCUCUGGGCCCAGAUGGUCAUUGUGGGGGGCCUCGGGGAAUCCUGGGACUGUGCUACUUGGAGCUGAGGCUCAGUCGCAGCUUCUUUCCGGUGGGGUGGGCGGCAGCACCACCUGGAAACUCGGCCUGUGGAGGUUUGACCUGAUUGCAACGCCCCACUUUCCUGGCAGAGUCUGGGGUCUGGAAGUGGGGCAUGGCUGCCCGCCAGCUUCUAUUUCAGGCUCGUGGAGGCAGGCAGCGGGGCUGCGGGCAGACCUGGCAUCUGGCCCUGGUUGGGGUCCCGACAGCUGUCACUGUGUCCUCCUUGGGUUCCCGUGCAUGAUCAGGGCCCUGUGCAUCCCCCGUGUCCUGUCUGUGGGUAUCUGAAAUGGUCACCUUGGACUGAAUAAAGAGCUCUGGGUGAUGCUGUCCGCUC